AUGUCCUAUGACAAGAGAGCCGAUAUUAUUUUUGAGCAGCGAUUCAAGAACAAUAACGAAGGUCAUGCUUUGUACCUACCUGUCUCUAGCAAAAACCUCAAGCCUGGCGCAUGUGGCUAUUUUGAUCACGACGGCAAUUGGAAAACGAUUGUGCACCUCUCGGAACCCGCUGGCCUCAAUAACGGUGGCUGGAGUCCACUCAGUAAUGUGGAAACGGUGAAAAACUCUAUCCAGGAGGUCUGGGGCGUCAUGUUGUCGACGGAAGUAUCCAAAUUCGAACCGAGCGUCGAGGUCAGUCCUGGUAUCCCAGGAAUCCCACUCGGCGCUGGUAUCAAGGUCGGGUACAUGAUCAACAAAAAGCCGAUCACGAGAGAGGGGAAAUUCUACGUGAUAACCAAGACAUACACAACAAAAUGUCGACGGGUUGCGAUAUUGCAAGCCAAUCAGCAUGCGGUGGUUUUUGGUGUAAAUUUGAACGUGUUCAGUGAGUUGGGUAAAAUUACUCCUGAGCUGAGCUGGUGGAACAGCAGUCAGGAGCAAGUGUGGAGGACUGCACAAGCUACUGAGGAAACCGAGGAAAUUCCAGUGUUUAUGUGUGGAUGGUACUGGCGGCCCACCUUUCUCGCACGCAAGCCUGAUCCCACGGCGAAGAAGUCGAACCAGAAGAAAACGCUUGGCUCGGAUGACAGUGAUCAACCCCUGAAGUUCGUCUUUCCAGUGAGUGACAAUGAAGAGCACGUCGUGCUCCUCGACCUCGAAAAGAAGGGCAAAUUUUGA